CUCUUCCGUGCGCCCCGCACAGCGGGAGCCCAGCCCGAGCGGUGCAGAGCCCGCGGUGGGCCGGCAGCCGCGGCCCCUGGCCCAACCCGAGCGAGCACCGCCGCGCCCCAGCCCGGUCGGCAAGAUGUCGGUGAAGGAGGGUGCGCAGCGCAAGUGGGCCACGCUGAAGGAGAAGCUGGGGCCGCAGGACUCAGACCCCACGGAGGCCAACCUGGAGAGUGCGGAGCCCGAGCUGUGCAUCCGGCUGCUGCAGAUGCCCUCCGUGGUCAACUACUCGGGCCUGCGCAAGCGUCUGGAGAGCAGCGACGGCGGCUGGAUGGUGCAGUUCCUGGAGCAGAGCGGCCUGGACCUGCUGCUCGAGGCCCUGGCGCGCCUGUCCGGCCGCGGGGUGGCCCGCAUUGCCGACGCCCUGCUGCAGCUCACCUGCAUCAGCUGCGUGCGCGCCGUCAUGAACUCGCAGCAGGGCAUUGAGUACAUCCUGAGCAACCAGGCCUACGUGCACCAGCUCUCCCUGGCUCUGGACACGUCCAACGUGAUGGUCAAGAAGCAGGUGUUCGAGCUGCUGGCCGCCUUGUGCAUCUACUCCCCCGAGGGCCACAUGCUGACCCUGGAUGCCCUGGACCACUACAAGACGGUGUGCAACCAGCAGUACCGCUUCAGUGUCAUCAUGACUGAGCUCUCCGAUAGCGACAACGUGCCCUACGUCGUCACCCUGCUCAGUGUGAUCAACGCCAUCAUCCUGGGCCCCGAGGACCUCCGCACCCGCACCCAGCUGCGUGGGGAGUUCACUGGGUUGCAGCUGCUGGACACCCUGACACGGCUGCGGUGA